CUGCUGCGUCCUCACAAAACGCAAAACGGCAAAAGCUUCAUCACCCUCACAAAGCAAUUUUGGCUCGCCUUCGAGUUUGGGCGGCAAAACACAGUCGCAGACCUAAGGGUUUGUUUUGCUCUCUCUCUCUCUCUCUCUCUCUCUCUCUCUCUCAGUCCCAGAUUACGGUGUUUUGAUUCGAUUGAGGAGACUAAUUCGAUUUUUAGGGUUUUGAAAAUGCAAGGAGAUUCGUCUCCGGCGACUACUAGCUCUCCGUUGAUAAGACCGAUAAACAGAAACGUAGUUCACAGAAUCUGCUCCGGUCAAGUCAUUUUAGACCUCUCCUCUGCUGUCAAGGAGCUUGUGGAGAACAGUCUCGACGCCGGAGCCACCAGUAUAGAGAUCAACCUCCGAGACUACGGCGAAGACUACUUUCAAGUCAUCGACAACGGUUGUGGCAUUUCCCCAACCAAUUUCAAGGUUCUUGCACUUAAGCAUCAUACUUCUAAAUUGGAGGAUUUCACAGAUCUCCUGAGUUUGACUACUUAUGGUUUUAGAGGAGAAGCCUUGAGCUCUCUCUGUGCAUUGGGGAAUCUCACGGUGGAAACAAGAACAAAGAAUGAGCCUGUUGCUACGCUCCUGACGUUUGAUCAUUCUGGUUUGCUGACUGAUGAAAAGAAGACUGCACGCCAAAUCGGUACCACUGUCACUGUGAGGAAGUUGUUCUCUAAUUUACCUGUACGAAGCAAAGAGUUUAAGCGCAAUAUACGCAAAGAGUACGGAAAGCUUGUAUCUUUAUUGAACGCAUAUGCACUUAUUGCGAAAGGAGUGCGGUUUGUCUGCUCUAACACGACUGGGAAAACCCCAAAGUCUGUUGUGCUGAAUACACAAGGGAGGGGUUCACUUAAAGACAAUAUCAUAACAGUAUUUGGCAUGAGCACCUUUACAAGUCUACAGCCUGUAAAUAUAUCUAUAUCAGAUGAUUGUAGAGUUGAAGGGUUUCUUUCCAAGCCCGGACAGGGUACUGGACGCAAUUUGGCAGAUCGACAGUAUUUCUUCAUUAAUGGUCGGCCUGUAGAUAUGCCGAAAGUCAGCAAAUUGGUGAAUGAGUUAUACAAAGAUACAAGUUCUCGAAAAUAUCCAGUUGCCAUUCUCGAUUUUAUUGUGCCAGGUGGAGCAUGUGAUUUGAAUGUCACGCCCGAUAAAAGAAAGGUGUUCUUCUCUGAUGAGACUUCUGUUAUCGGUUCUCUGAGGGAAGGUCUGAACGACAUAUAUUCUUCUAGUAAUGCGUCUUAUACUGUAAAUAGGUUCGAGGAGAAUUCCGAGCAACCAGAUAGGGCUGGAGUUUCAUCUCUUCAGGAGAAAUCAAAUCUCCUGUCCAAAGGGAUUGUUCUGGAUGUAAGCUCUAAAACCAGAGAGGGGGAAGUUAAUGAAAAGGAAAUUUCUUUCUCAAGGGAUGCUGAGAUUGAUAAUAGUUCGACAAUGGAGAAGUUUAAAUUUGACAUUAAGGCACAGGGGAAUAAGAAAGGGGAAUGUUCUUUAUCAGUCCAUGGUGAGUCCCUAACUGUAGCUCACCUUGACAAGACAACGAGCAAAGAUUUGCCUCACUUUAAUGUCACUGAGAAAGUUACUGAUGCAAGUAAACACUUAAGCAGUCGCUCUAGCUUUGCCCAGUCAACUUUGAACACUUUUGUUACUGUGGGGAAAAGAAAACAUGAGAACAUAAGCACCAUGCUCUCUGAAGCACCUGUACUCAGACACCAAACUUCUAGUUGUCGUGUAGAGAAAAGCAGAUUUGAAGUUCGUGCGUUAGCUGCAAGAUGUCUGAUGGAAGGCGAUCACGUUGAUGGUAUGGUCCUCUCAAAGGAAGAUAAGAUGCCAAACCAAAUGGAGUCUGAAUCUGAAAAUCGGAUUUCUCCUGGAAUCGAUACUGAUAAAGUUGAAAGACAUGAAAGAGAACAUGAAAAAUCAUUAUGUUUUGAAGAACCAACAUCAGAUAAAACACUCUCCAAGGGGGAUAUGGAAAGGAUUUUGGAGGAAAAUCCACGUUGCAGUCAGCCACUGCGAUCUGUUGCCACAGUACUGGACUCCCCAGCUCAGUCAACCGGUCCAAAACUGUUUUCCACAUUAAAAUUUAGUUUUCAAAACCUCAGGACGAGGAGGUUAGAAAGGCUGUCGAGAUUACAGUCCACAGGUUAUGCAUCUAAAUGGAUAAACACGCCUCAACCUAAAAAGUGCUUUGCCGCUGCAACAUUAGAGCUAUCUCAACCGGAUGAUGAAGAGCGAAAAGCAAGGGCUUUAGCUGCAGCCACUUCUGAGCUGGAAAGGCUUUUUCGAAAAGAAGAUUUCAGGAGAAUGCAGGUACUCGGGCAAUUCAAUCUUGGGUUCAUCAUUGCGAAAUUGGAGCGAGAUCUGUUCAUCGUGGAUCAGCAUGCAGCUGAUGAGAAAUUCAACUUCGAACAUUUAGCAAGGUCAACUGUCCUGAACCAGCAACCCUUACUCCAGCCUUUGAACUUGGAGCUCUCUCCAGAGGAAGAAGUUACAGUUUUAAUGCACAUGGAUAUCAUCAGGGAAAAUGGCUUUCUUCUAGAGGAGAAUCCGAGUGCUCCUCCCGGAAAACACUUUAGACUAAGGGCCGUUCCUUAUAGCAAGAAUAUCAUCUUUGGAGUUGAAGAUCUUAAAGACCUAAUUUCAACUCUGGGAGAUAACCAUGGGGAAUGUUCGAUUGUCAGUAGCUACAAAACCAACAAAACUGAUUCGAUUUGUCCAUCACGAGUCCGUGCAAUGCUAGCAUCCCGAGCAUGCAGAUCGUCUGUGAUGAUCGGAGAUCCACUUAGAAAAAAUGAAAUGCAGAAGAUAGUAGAACACUUGGCAGAUCUGGAAUCUCCUUGGAACUGCCCACACGGACGACCAACAAUGCGGCAUCUUGUCGACUUGACAACUUUACUCAAAUUACCUGAUGACGGCAGCAAUGAUGAUGAUGUUGCAGCCAUGUCACUGACAUGAACUCAAUAGUCUUAACGUAUUUAGAUGCGAGCAUCCUUAAAAGUAACAUUUUGGAGGAGGACCACUCAGGUUAUUAAACUACAAAAUCUGUAAAUGUUAAAUGUUGCCCUAGUCUUUUAUUAUGAUCUUCUUGGUCACAACAGGUAAAUCAACUAUCUUAGAGACGUGGAAAGUUUGGGGAUUUUCUUGAGGGGGUUAGUUUGAUAAUUUUGAAAGUUUCCAUGGUAUAAUGUAAAUACGAAAUAUCCGAAAGACAUGUAUGUGAAAUUAACACGACUCACCUUAUAGUUUUA